UCACUGCGCCUGCGUGCGGCUGCGAGCGGUCAAAGCGCCUUCCGGAGGCCGUAGUACUGCGCCUCUCUCCUCGUCUGUUCCUUUCGAAGUGCCCUAAGCGAACUUCAGAGAGGCCGCCGCCACUGAAAGGGCGUUUUUCUGUAGCCCCGACACCUCUCGGUGCGCAGCUACUCCGGCCCUUGCCCUUUGACCCUGCUCUCACGGCGGGGUGAGAGGUCGGUGGCCAUCUUGUGGCGGCGGCGCGGGUGGCUGUUACUGCGGAGACCCAUCCCCUCCCCCCUCCUUACCCCUCUGGCCGUCUGUCAGUCAGUAAAGAGCCCCGCAAGCCGUCAGGUGAGACCCCGGCCUCGCGCCGUUGCUCUUCCCGCCGCACUGGGCGGCCCAGGCCGCUCCCUGCAGGGCCUCACUGCCGCCACCAUGUCCUCCUUCUCCGAGUCGGCGUUGGAGAAGAAGCUCUCGGAGCUGAGCAACUCUCAACAGAGCGUGCAAACCCUGUCCCUGUGGCUCAUACACCACCGCAAGCAUGCGGGACCCAUCGUCUCUGUGUGGCACCGCGAGCUCCGCAAAGCCAAAUCAAAUAGAAAGCUUACUUUUUUGUACUUAGCGAAUGAUGUCAUCCAAAACAGUAAAAGGAAAGGACCUGAAUUCACUAGAGAAUUUGAAUCUGUCCUUGUGGAUGCUUUUUCUCAUGUUGCCAGAGAGGCAGAUGAAGGCUGUAAAAAACCUUUAGAAAGAUUGCUGAACAUCUGGCAAGAAAGAAGUGUGUAUGGCGGCGAGUUCAUACAGCAGCUGAAGCUGUCUAUGGAGGACUCCAAGAGCCCUCCCCCCAAAGCAGCAGAAGAGAAGAAAUCCCUGAAGCGAACUUUUCAGCAGAUCCAAGAGGAGGAGGAUGACGACUACCCUGGAAGCUACUCUCCCCAAGAUCCUUCUGCAGGACCCCUCUUGACUGAGGAACUAAUCAAAGCUUUGCAGGACCUGGAGAAUGCUGCAUCGGGGGAUGCUACUGUCCGGCAGAAAAUUGCUUCUUUGCCCCAAGAAGUGCAAGAUGUUUCUCUCUUGGAAAAAAUAACAGACAAAGAGGCAGCCGAACGUCUCUCAAAAACAGUAGAUGAAGCAUGUCUGUUACUAGCAGAAUAUAACGGGCGUCUGGCGGCAGAACUGGAAGACCGGCGCCAGCUGGCUCGGAUGUUGGUGGAGUACACCCAGAACCAGAAAGACGUUUUGUCAGAAAAGGAGAAAAAGCUAGAAGAAUAUAAACAGAAGCUCGCUCGGGUAACCCAGGUCCGCAAGGAACUGAAGUCCCAUAUUCAGAGCUUGCCAGACCUCUCGUUGCUGCCCAACGUCACAGGGGGCUUGGCCCCCCUGCCCUCUGCUGGUGACCUGUUUUCAACUGACUAGGACAGGUGUCGUGCCCCAAAUUCCCAUCUCUACCAGCAGAAAGAAGAGAGAGGGCAAGUCAUGGUUGGAAAUAACCAUGGUGGAAAUAACUUGUGGCCCCUGGUUCUGUCCCUCCUUCAUCCCAGUCCCGCAGCCUCAAGAAAGAACCACUGACUCUGAAUCUCCUCUCCGUCCUCUCCUGUUGAGCACACUUCAGAACAGUGGCGAGUGGAGUCCAAUUAGAUUCAUAUUUGGAAAGAAUACAAAGUCUCCCACUUCAUGUAUUCAUGCCCCUGUUGGUUCUCCAUUCUUAGCUGUCUCUUUACACCCAAGAAGUUAUGAAAAUCAUGUGUACUUCUGGAAGUUUUCAGAAGAAUCUUGUCCCUCCCGACAGCAUUGUGUCAUGAGAGCCGCUUCUCUUUUCGGAGCUGGGUUUGUUCAAGUUCAGUGCAGGCCUCCACUGAAGGACUCACUCUGGAGUCAUUGACUUUCCUGGCUACCGUCCACCCCAAAGGUUGGAGGCACGACUGUCAAGCAGCUUUGCCAUGAAGAGUUUGCCAAAUCUCUGAUCCUUCCUUUCCCCUGCUUGUAGUGAUGUAUAGUUACAGGUGCAGUGCAUUUGUUUUAUAAGCAGACUAGGGAAUCUAGCAAUAAGAUUCAAAGCUGACCUGGGAUAUACGGUUCAGAAGGAAGACUAACGGGAAUCACAGACGUGAGUUCAAAAUAAGUUACGUGCUUCGGGUUCCUACGGACAACCUUCCCAGGGUUCCUGCUGUCGUAGAAAACGUUCCUAAAGACGUGAUCUUUUGGCCCUAAUCUUGUGAAGGCAGUUGUUAGGAAUGGCACCGGUGGACCCCAAAAGCUAAAGGCAAAACCAAGAGUGUGGACUCUGCACGGGUGUUGCUUUUAGACUCCUGUCUUUUGGGGAGUAGGGCUCACACUAGCAUUGCUUCACUGGGCUCAGGUCUACGGUAUGGCGAGUGAACUUGAGUAUCUCCCCUGCAGAUAUGACGCUCUGUGCAUGUCUGUCUGUCUGUCUGUCAGUUUAUGCCACUGCACACAUCCUUGUGCCCGGAGGAGGAGGAGUACUUGAUCGGCUGUUACCGAGUAGCUCAUCUCGGGCAGAGGAAGGGGGGAAGUCAGGGAUAUUAAUUUUGGGUUUUAGUUCCAUUAUCAUGCCAGUUGAUAUCAUGACUACAUAAUGUAGUUUUUACCUUGCUUUUAGUAAAGGUUAGGCCUGCUAACUGUAAAUCAUUCUGAUUUGGCAGUCUUCUUUUUGACAUUGGAAAGGGCAGAAAACAGUUUGCCCCAGUAGUAUGACGGGAGUCAGGGCCCAGAGGCUGAAAUCCAUAAGCUAUAAAAAGGAAUUCAGCGGUGGGGGCUUCAGAAUCUCCAUUAUUUUGCGUUGUUAUUUUCAGGAUUACCAAAAAGCCAAUUACUUGUAAUUUUACAUGUUAAACAUGUUGAAACAUAGCCUGUGUUUUUACAGUGUGCAGGCUUUCCUUUUAGAAGCUCUUCUGUCUGCCAUGAAGUGAGAACAGUGAAAAAAAGUCCUAGCAGGUGUUCAGUUUGACUCUGUGUAGAACAUAGUAGCAUUGAAGCUGUUCUUUGGAUUUGAGUAUAGACUGGAUGUUGUUUGCUUAUUGAUACUGCCUGUGGUCCUGCCAUUAUUAAAUUAAUGAGUCUCUAACUAUAAAGUUUUCCUCCCAGAGGCCAGAGGUCAGUAGGUGACUUUACUAAGGAAAAUUGCAGGAAAAUUGCAAGAUCGCUUCUAAUCGUUGCUGUUUUCUGCGCGUACGCCCCUCCCCAUAUGGUGUGCUGCUUCAGUCCUCCGUGCGAGCUUGAUGUGGAACGGACCCAUCUGGGACAUUCUCUGUGCUUUUACCAAGGAAGCAAAAUUUGACUAGCCGCAAAUCAAAAGGGCAGAGUAGAUAUUUGCUCUGAUCAGCUGGAUGAAAAUGUUAACAGCAUGAUGGAUUUCCCCCAUCGCUGUAUUUUCUCUGAUUGAGUUUGACCAGCAAUUGGUGCGUAAUUCUUAACAGCAAGAGCAAGAAAUGAAACUGUAGCAAUUAUGUAAAUGAAUGUGUUGGCCUCCUAACACCUGUUACUAGUGGACUUCCUGUGAGGAAGUUAGUCUUGGGGUUUGUUUUGUUUUUUAAUGAAAUGCUUUUGUGUUUUAAAUCUUAAUUCUCCCUGUAUCCUCCCCAUGUGUGCUCACUUCAUUUGUUUAAUUUAAACGAGCCUUUCUCCUUGUAUGUACCAGGUGGGCCGGUGGGGUGGGCUGGGGUGGGGUGGGUGGCUUUUGUUUUGUGUGUUUUCUUUCUUUAGGGCAUCCGUAGGCCUCAAAGGACCUCUCCUUUAGGUCAUAUUCCUCAGAACGUCUUCAUUCUAAUUUGUUUUGUUUUGUUUUGUUUUUCUUAAAGAAUAUUUUUAAAGCUUAAAUUUGUAUAUUAAUUUAGGACUUUAUUUAGAAGUAUAGGCUGUCAUUGGCGGCAGCAGUAUAUUCUGAAAUGUCUCAUAGAUAUAUAUUUUUGAAUAAAGAUGGUGUUGUUGAACGA